AUGGCAGAGGGUGAGAAUAUGAAUGUUGUUCCUGAGCCUCCGGAGAUGCCGAAUUCUCUUGUUUCUCCUCAGCAGAAUCAGAAUCAUAGUUACAUUGUGAAAUUACGGAGAGCUACGCUAGCAAGGAUCUUUGCAAUCGUAACGCGGAAGUUGAGUGCAAGGAAGGACAGUCCUAGUGCCUCGCAACAAAAGUAUAUAGCUAUUACAAAAUUUGUAGAGCAUGCUCUCUUAAAGAUGACCACUUCCUUGAGGGAUUACUCGGAUCCACGAUAUCUUGAACUCCGCGUAGAGCAAAUAUUGAGAGACCAUAGAGGACGAGCACUCUCUUCUCAUGCUUCUCGUGGCAUCUCUUCAUCAUCACCACAUCAAACUAUCCAUGCCACCUUCCCUACUUCCAACACCACCACCCCUUUUAAUAAUCUCAACUUUACACCUCCAACUUUCCAAUCUGGAGGAGGAUUUCCAAUCAGCAAUAUAACACCUGGCUCUGACCUGCAGAGACAUCAUACUGCUAAUUAUCAUCAGAUGGUUGAACCACUUUCAAGGCCAAAUAAUACACACCAAUUUACUACUAGUAUUACUUCUGGGAUCUGCACUACCAAGAACACCGUACCGCUUCCUCCUAGGCCUCUUAUGCAACCUGUUGAUCAGUUUCAGGCUGCGUCACAAAUGCACAGAUACUUUAUGACUGAUCCUCUUUGUUCAACCAAUCUCUACGGAGUUGCUCAGGAUACAAUCCCAUUGCACCCCAAUCCUAUGCCGAGAGUGGACGCUAAUCCCAUUGCAACUAAUCAUUCAAAUCCAUUGCUGCUACGGAAUACGAGUUUCCAAUCUGCUUACACUAAUUACCAUCAAAACAUGGUGAGUCAUGGGUUUCACCAGCAGCACCAAGGAGUAGAGCAUUCUCAUCCUGGUCAAUUUCCCAAGCAAGAUCCUUUACUACCAUACAAGGAUGCUUACCAGACUCAACCUGCUACUCCUGGACCAAGCCUGGAUAUCUACAAAGAAGCUCUUCAGCAACACGCCAAUAACCCUUUCAAACCUUCCAAGUUGCCAUACCAACACAACGCUCUUGCUCAACACCAAUAUUUUGGUACUCAUCUUUCCCAUGCUACUCCCCUCGGGUCUUCUCCAUCUUUCCCACCACCUCCUCGUAACCAGUCGGCUUCAGUCCUACUUCAAAGGCCACAGUCAUCUCUACAGAACUCUGCUCAACUAUCAGAAACAAACAGUAACGGAGACAGAGAACAUGUUGUGGUCAACUUGUGUCAGACAACUCCUACGCAGCCUCAAGUUUUUCAUCACUGCUCGUCUGCCAUAGCGCCUGUAAUUAGCGCGCAAGCUGUUUCUGCUCUAGAUGGUAAACAGGUCAACGGAGAAGAUGGUGAUCGGGAGAUUCGGGAUCAGAGGCGGUGGAUUCUGUUUAUGAUCCAUGCACGUACAUGCAGCGCAACGGAAGACAAGUGUGCGAGCAAGCACUGCUCUCUUGCCAAAAAGCUAGUGAUGCAUACGGAACGCUGCAAGAUCCCCGAUUGCACAUAUCCGCGUUGUCAGAAAACUAAGAGGUGGCUUCUUCAUUGCAACGAGUGCAAGGACAAGUCGUGCCCUGUCUGUGUAUAUGUCAAAGAGUUUUACAAGAAGAAAAAAUCAACAAGUUUACAAGCAUACAAGAAAAGAGGCAAUGCUGAUGAUAAUCUGCAACCCUCGAUUAAGCGCCUGAAAAUAGACCAACCCUCCCAAAAUACUACUCCUGAGAUGAAGAGCAAUUCUUCUUCAGUGGAUGACUGCAAAAGUGAGGUUAAGCCUAUGGACAUAGAUGUUCCCGUCACCCGGGAGCUGGAGAAGCAUGUUGCUGAGGACAAAACUAUUUGUCUGGAUGAAGUGAGUGCACCAAAGGAACAAAACGUGGAGGUUGUAGAUGAGUCUAAGAUGGAAAUCUCUUCUCUCGUUGAGUUGUUUACUACAGAGCAAGUACAGGAGCAUAUCCGCGGUCUUCGCCAGUGGGUAGGACAGAGUAAAAGCAAGGCAGACAAAAACAGAGCAAUGGGGUGCUCCAUGUCGGCGAAUGCUUGCCAGUUAUGUGGUGUUGAGAGGCUUGUGUUUGAGCCGAUACCUAUAUACUGCUCACCUUGUGGUGUACGCAUCAAGAGAAAUGCCGUGCACUAUAGUGCCGCGGCUGGUGAGUCACGCCAUCAUGUCUGCGCACAUUGCUACAAUGAAGCGCGUGAGAACUCUGUUUCUGUUGAUGGAACUUGUAUACCGAAAACAAGCCUGGAGAAGAAGAAAAACGAUGAACAAAUCGGGGAAGGGUGGGUGCAAUGUGAUAAGUGUGAAGCGUGGCAGCAUCAAAUAUGUGGUUUGUUCAACAGCCGAAGGAAUCAUGGGGAAGCCACAAAGUACACUUGCCCUAAUUGCUACAUACAAGAGGUGGAAGAAGGGCAAAGAAGACCAUUACCACAUAGUGCCAUCCCGGGUGCAAAUAGUUUACCAGUCACUAGUCUUAGCAACCAUAUAGAGCAGCGGUUAUUCACAAACUUGAGCAAGGAAAGACAUGAGAGAGCUAGACUCCAAGGAAAACGUUACGAGGAGGUCCCUGGAGCCGAAUCACUUGCUGUCAGAGUUGUGGCAUCGGUCGACAAAGUAUUGGAAGUAAAGGAACGUUUCCUUGAGCUUUUCCGAGAAGAAAACUAUCCAUCUGAGUUCCCUUACAAAUCCAAGGUGAUAUUGUUGUUUCAGAAGAUAGAAAGUGUGGAGGUAUGCUUAUUUGGGAUGUUCGUACAAGAAUUUGGAACAGAGUGUGGAGCUCCCAAUGAGAGGAGAGUCUACAUAUCGUAUCUGGACUCGGUUAAGUAUUUCAGACCAGAGGUGAGAACAGUCUCUGGAGAAGCCCUCCGCACGUUUGUCUACCAUCAAAUUCUUAUUGGUUAUCUGGAUUACUGUAAGAAACGUGGUUUUACAAGCUGCUACAUAUGGGCAUGCCCUCCACUAAAGGGUGAAGAUUAUAUUCUUUAUUGUCAUCCUGAAAUCCAGAAGACGCCCAAGACUGACAAACUAAGGGAAUGGUACUUGGCAAUGCUAAAGAAAGCUUCAAAGGAAGGUGUGGUGGUUGAAUACACAAACCUGUAUGAUCAAUUCUUCGUCCAGUCUGGGGAAUGUAGAGCUAAUGUAAGUGCUGCAAGGUUGCCAUAUUUCGAUGGGGACUACUGGCCAGGUGUUGCUGAGGAUUUGCUACAACAAAUGAGCCAAGAAGACGAUGAUGGGACGACGACGACGACGAACAAGUUAAAUAGAAAAGGAUUGACCAAAAAGGUCAUAUCCAAAAGAGCCCUCAGAGCAGUUGGCCAGUUGGACCUUUCUGUCAAUGCCUCCAAGGAUCGUCUCAUGAUGCAAAAACUCGGUGAGAUCAUCUGUCCGAUGAAGGAAGAUUUCAUCAUGGUUCAUCUGCAGCAUUGCUGCAAGCACUGUUGCACUCCUAUGGUCUCUGGAAAUCGCUGGGUUUGCAAUCACUGCAAGAACUUUCAGAUCUGUGACAAGUGUAAUGAAGGGGAACAGAAGCGCGCAGAGGAAGAGAGACAUCCAAUCAACCAGAAACAGAAGCACACACUCUUUCCUGUUGCCAUCGAAGACGUUCCCACCAAGAUUGAGGAGAAAGAUGAGAACAUGGAGAGCGAAAUCUUUGAUAACAGACAAGCUUUCUUGAGUCUUUGCCAAGGCAACAACUAUCAGUACGACACACUAAGGCGGGCAAAACAUUCUUCCAUGAUGAUACUCUAUCAUCUUCACAACCCAACCGCCCCUGCAUUUCCAACGACAUGCACAAUCUGCCAGCAAGAGAUUGAAAACGCUCAAGGCUGGCGCUGCCAAGUUUGCACCAGCUACGAUGUCUGCAAUGCCUGUUACUCUAAGGCCUCUUUCAACCAUCCACAUGACCUGAUAAGCCGCUCAUCUGCUACGGAGACUAGUGUGCAAGAGAACGGGCAAGCUAAUCAAAAUUAUCAAAUCAUGCUUCAGAAGAUAAAAGAAGUGCUGAUACAUGUACCCACAUGCCGCUCUACAAGGUGCCAAAACCGAUGGUGUCACGGGGUGAAGAUGCUCUUAAGACAUUGUGUAGCAUGUAAGAGUCCUGCAGGUUGUCGCCCUUGUAAGAAACUUUGGAACAUAAUCAGAUUGCAUGCUCGGCACUGUAGAGAUUCCCAGUGCACCGUCUUCAAGUGCAGAGAGUUCAAAGCGAAUAGUAGUAGACAGCAGAAGCAGUCAGACAAAAGGCGUAGAGCUGCUGUAAUGGAGAUGAUGCGGAAAAGGGCUGCUGAAGCCACUCACACUUGCUGA